AUGUGGAUUUUGGAUUGGUUUCAAAACGUGUUGAGCUCGCUCGGGUUAUGGAACAAACAUGCUAAGAUUUUGUUCCUCGGUUUAGAUAAUGCUGGGAAAUCAACAUUGUUACAUAUGUUGAAGAAUGAUAGAUUGGCCACUUUUAAUCCAACCAUGCACCCAACCUCAGAAGAGUUGGCUAUUGGUCAUGUUAGAUUCACCACUUUUGAUUUGGGUGGUCAUUUACAAGCCAGAAGAUUGUGGAAGGAUUAUUGUCCUGAAGUUAACGGGAUUGUUUAUUUGGUUGAUGCUGCUGAUCCAGCUAGAUUUGCUGAAUCUAGAGCUGAAUUAGAAUCACUUUUCAAGAUUGAAGAAUUAGCUAAUGUUCCAUUCUUAAUUUUAGGUAAUAAGAUUGAUUCUUCUGAUGCCGUUAGUGAUUUCGAAUUAAAACAAGCCAUGGGCUUGUAUAAUGCCACUACUGGUCAAUUUGGUAAAGUACCAGAAGGUGUUAGACCUUGUGAAGUAUUUAUGUGUUCCAUUGUUUUGAGACAAGGGUACUUUGAAGGGUUCAAGUGGUUGUCACAAUACAUUUGA